GAAAAUAAUUUUAUCCAUAAGGAACAAUUUUUUUAUAUAACUACCAGUAUUUGACAGAUGUCAAUGAAAAAUGACUGAUGAUACUUUAACUUCAUUUGUAUAAAAUUCAAUAGCUUCCUAAUCAUCUAAAACUAGAAUGUUGCGGAAUAGUUUACUAUGUUUAAAUUUGGCCAGAAAAGGAAAUUUGAAAUGCGUAAAAACAUGUAUUAAUCAAAAUAUUACAAACUUUAAUGCUAUCAGUCUAAAAUACCUAAGCCUAGACACAAUUAAUUAUGCAAAAAGGCAAGAAUCACUACAUUCAGAUAAUCAUAAGCCUACAGAUGUGACUUAUGAAGAACUUUUAAAACUUCAGAAGAACAAUGCUCAAGAUUUAUUAUUAAUUGAUGUAAGAGAACCAAGUGAAAUUGUGGAAACGGGUACAAUUGAUGGAUCUAUCAAUAUACCUUUAGAAAAAUUGAAAUUAUCUUUAAAUAUGACAAAUGAAGAGUUUUUGUCUAAUUAUCACAAGAAGAAGCCAAAAGUUGCUGAUAAAAACAUUAUUUUUUAUGGUUUAAUUGAUAUUAAAAGUAGCACCGCCUUAGAAAUAGCACAUAAAAAUGGUUUUGUAAAAGCAAAAAAUUAUACUGGAGGAUUUGAAGAAUGGCGAAAGAAGCAAAAAAACUGAACCACACUUACUAAAACGAAUUUUUUUUUAAAAAAAAUGUACACUAUUGUGUUAUACAGUAUUGAUUUCUUUCACCAUUUUAUAUUAAUGUAAAUAUAUUUUUAUUACAAAAUUUGCAUAAUGUUGUAUCCAUUAUUAGAUGAAUUUAUGAGUUAUAUGUCUAGAUAAUCAAAUUUUAUUGAUUAUAAAAUUACACAUAAAAUUAGUUGUCUUU